GCAACCCAACUUGAGGACAGCUUUGGAUCCCUACCAUGAAACUUUUAUUUUGCGACAUCGCAUCGCAGAUGAUAUAACCAACCCAACGCCUGGCCUUCUAUAAGACCACCGACAAUCAUGGCUGCGGCUGCGUCGGCGCAUUCCUACUCUGCCGAACUAGAUAUUCGGGUAGAGGACUACCUCGACGACAAGCUUCAGUCCUCAACCGACUUCGACAGUCUCGACAGUUUGCUGGCCAGCGUCGAAGUCCAGCGCAGCCAGCUACAAGCCCAACUCGAAGAUGCCGCCAGGGCGCUCGAACAUGCUCGGAACGCCGCCCAAGAUCGGCAGGGAGGGAUUUUGCAGUCGAUAACGGAGUUUCGGCGGCUCCAGGAGAGCAUCGACGCGCGCAUGAGGAUCGUCGUCGAGUCGAAUGCCCCCGAGGAAGCUGCUCGACGCCUCGAACGGCCGAUGAAACAGCUCCACAAGGUCGAACUCGCCCAUAACUACGUCUCGCUGUUACGCGACGUCGAAAGCCUGAGGCUGGAGGCGCGGUCCCACCUACCGCAGAGCCCGAAAGCCGCGCUGCAGCCCUACUCGAAGCUCAAGCAGCUCGGCAUCCGAUUAAGGGACCUACAGGGCGCAGCCGACGGAGCCGCUACACAUCUGGUGAAUUAUGUCGAGAGCACCGUCGAGAACCUCUGGGACGAGAUGAAGAAUACCAUGUCGAAGGAAUUGGAGAAUAUACUGAAAGUUCGCAACUGGCCCCAAGCCGUUAACGCAGACACCGAGAUGGACGACGAGUGGCUGCAAGGGUUCGAGAAGCUAGUCGACCUCCAAGUGCCCGAGGUCCUCUACUCAGACGCCGUGGUUACGCUACUCCCUUUCGAAGUCAUGGCGAAACCAUUCGUUCAAUGGUUCCGGUUCCAAUUCAUGGGAGACAACACGACCAGCACUCCCCAAUCCUUCAGCACCUUCUGCAUCCCCCAGUUCCUGUCGCUCGUUGAUAAAUGGGAGGGCUUCUUCCGGGACAACGUCGGCUAUAUUCUAGCGUCACGGUUUCACGACACGAAAGUGCGGGAGGUCUCGGUGUACGUGGACCCGGCCUGCUCACUGAUCGUGACGCUGCUGCCCGUGAUGAGGGAGAAGAUCAAUGCCAUGGUCCAGCACGGACUCCAGAAUCCGCAAUUCCUUAGCAGCCUGAUAGUACAACUCAUGGAUCUUGACGACGAGAUACGCUCGAGAUUCAACUACGACGGCGGCGACCCGGAAAAGGGCUGGGCCGGGUUGACUUCUGAGGUUUUAGAGAAGCAUUUUGAGGAUUGGUUCAAGGUAGAGAGAGAAUUUGCCUUGGAACGCUACCAUGCCAUUAUGGACGCGCCGGAUGCGCGGAAUAUCGACUAUGAUCAUAGCGUCAGUGGCAAGAUGAAGCCGACGCUCGGUGCCGUGAGGGUAGUAGACUUGCUGAAGUCCGUUACGUCCCAAUACGUGCGGGUCCGCAGGUUCUCCUUUAGGCUCCGAUUCCUCAUCAACAUCCAGCUCGACAUAUUGGACGAAUACCACGAUCGCUUUAAAGAUUCUCUCGACGCAUAUUACACAAUUACUUCAACCUUGGGCCGCACCAUUCACGGAAUGACGAAGGAGCAGUCUGCAGCUCUUGCGGGCACCGGAGCCCUCGAGACACUGUGUAGGGUACUAGGCAGCUCUGACUAUAUAAUCGCUGCUUUGAAGGAUUGGAGCAAUGAGGAGUUCUUUAUUACCAUGUGGGAAGAGCUCCAGACGAGAGCCAAGCGGACUGAUAGCGCGGGCAAUGUCGCUACUGGGAUGAGUUACGACCAAGUAAAAGAUAGAACCUCGAUAGUGGUAGGCUCUGACGGCGACGGCGGUAUCUUGUUCGAUGAAACAAUCGUAGCGCUUUCCCGUCGCCGGCAGACUGCUCAGGAAUAUCUCGCCACAGCACUGGUAGAUUCUCACCACAAGGCGUUCCGCUCUUACCUAGCGAAGGCUCAAUGGACCACCAUCAGCAAUGAUUCUCACGUCGAAGCCUCUCAACUGUCCGUCACCCCCGAGCUGGACGAACCAUUAGCAAUACUCGAGCGGAACCUCACCUUCCUUGCCUCAACCCUGAGCACCGCCGUAUACCGUCGCGUGUGGCGGGAGGCCCUCGAAAAGCUUCAGGACGCUCUCUGGACCCACGUCCUCCUGGCGCAGAGUUUUACCGCCCUGGGCGCCGCUCAGUUCGAUAGAGACCUCGACGCGAUCUCCUCCCUCGUAGACCGCCAUCUUCCCGACGGGUCUACGGCUAUCGGCGCGCUACGAGACGGCUCGCGGCUGCUGAACCUGCCGGCAGAGGCUAGUGACGGAGCCGUGUCGCUCCGGCAGGCGAGCGAUCGCGUUUUCACGGACAACGCGGAGGCCAAGAAGCUGCUGGCCGAGCUGGGCCUAGAAUCUCUGACGCCGGCGAACGCGAGGAAGAUUUUACAGAGACGGGUCGAAAAUAGCGAAUAGAGAAAAAGAAUUGCGACCCGUUACCGGGGUCCCGUACUGAUAUAUUAUUGUGCUCCUUCCAGCCCCUUGGAUGGCGCACUACAUCCCGCAUUGUUGAAUAUAGCGCCCUAGUAAAACUAUGGCGGCAGACUUCUCGGAUCUGCAAGCAUC